GUAGUGUAGAAAUAUUUUCGAGAGUCAUACUUCGCCAGCCAUUAGAAGUCGAAAAAACCAAGCUCUCUGAAGAUGCCAAAGAGUUUACAUUUUCAGAUCGUAAAGAAAUAUUUUCAAGAAGCUUACUUUGUUGGCCAUUAUCUUUCGAAUGA